CAAACCUUCCUUCAAUUUCAAGAAAGCUUUUUUUAUUUUCUUAUUUUUUAUCUUUACAACAACAAAAAAAGUAAUAAUACUCUAAAAGUUUACUAUAAAUGUUUGAAAAUCCCAAAAUUACUUGUCACAAUAUUCAGAAAUUACUUGGCUCUUUGCUCUGCAGACUGCAAACAGAGUGCAGAAAUUACUGUUCUCUCUAAUGGCGACUCCUUUCCCCACAACCAGUCACUCACGCGCCGUCGCGGCACGCUCCGGCGAACCCAAAGUAGAAUACCCAUUUUCCGUUUCGACCAGAAAAUGGGAAGUAGUAACAGAAAGGAGAAGGAAGAGUUCAAGAAUCAAAGCUUCAGAUUCAUACUUGGAAAUGUGGAAGAAAGCAAUGGAACGUGAGAGAAAGUCUGCUGAGAACGUUGCUCCUCCUGAAGUGGAAGAAAGCCCCGAGACUUUGAAGAAGAAGAGCGAAGAAUUCAACAAGAUUCUUGAAGUUUCUCCUGAAGAAAGAGAUAGAAUUCAAAGAAUGCAGAUCAUUGAUCGUGCCGCUGCUGCCCUUGCUGCCGCAAAGGCAUUGAUUGAGGAGAAUCCAUUGCCCCAAAAGGACGAUGCUCAGCCUGAUGAAAAUCAACAAGAAGGUAUGACAGCGAUUAAACGAGUUGUAGAAAUGUCGGCGGGAAAUGUCAUUUCCAUUGUCCCUCGAUCUGGAACUAUUAUGGGAACACCAGGUCCAAGCUUCUGGUCCUGGACACCUCCUUCAGACAGUUCUUUUGAUGACAUUCAGAUGAAGUCAGAUGUGUCUCUGUCUCCAGACCCGCCAAGCCCUAUUACAGAGAAAGAACGAUCUCCAGAUUUUCUGUCUAUCCCAUUUCAGAGUGCUAUGACUGAUAGAAAACAUAGUCCUCCUCUUCCACCUCUUCAGUCACAUUUGGAGGUUGAAAAUUUGGAAGAUUCCAGCUCAACAUUUGAGAUACCUCACCAGGAGGAGGAACGUGAACUUGGCAUUCUGUUCUCUGCAAAUGCAGCGGAAGCAGCUUAUGCUCUUAAGCAGGAAAAUGAGGCAUCUUCUGAGGGAAUUAAUCCUGAUGGAUCAAGAUGGUGGAAGGAGACUGGGACUGAAAAACGACCUGACGGGGUGGUCUGCAAGUGGACGCUAACCAGGAGCAUUAGUGCUGACAAAACUGUUGAAUGGGAAGACAAGUAUUGGGAAGCUGCUGAUGAAUUUGGUCACAAGGAACUAGGUUCUGAGAAGUCAGGACGAGACGCUGCUGGAAAUGUGUGGCAUGAGUUCUGGAAAGAAUCAAUGUGGCAGAGUGGUGGGCUUGUGCACAUGGAGAAAACUGCAGAUAAGUGGGGAAGGAAUAAGAAAGGUGAGGAGUGGCAGGAGAAAUGGUGGGAGCACUAUGGUGCCGGUGGCCAAGCAGAGAAAUGGGCCCAUAAAUGGUGCAGCAUUGAUCCAAACACACCCCUUGAUGCAGGUCAUGCUCAUGUUUGGCAUGAAAGGUGGGGUGAGAAAUAUGAUGGAAAAGGCGGCAGCAUAAAAUAUACUGAUAAAUGGGCGGAGCGCUUUGAAGGAGAUGGUUGGUCGAAAUGGGGUGACAAAUGGGACGAGAACUUUGAUCUAAAUGGACAUGGCAUCAAGCAAGGGGAGACAUGGUGGGCAGGAAAACAUGGAGAACGUUGGAAUCGUACUUGGGGAGAGGGCCACAAUGGUUCAGGAUGGGUGCACAAGUAUGGAAAGAGCAGCAAUGGGGAGCACUGGGACACCCAUGUAAACGAAGAAACAUGGUAUGAGAGAUUCCCUCAUUAUGGUUUCUACCAUUGUUUUGAGAAUUCAGUCAUACUUCGUGCAGUCAAGAAACCUUCUGACUAUCCAUGAGGAGUAUUCGUUCCUUUGUUCGGUCUUUUGCUACUAUCUACCUAGAUUCGAGAUAGAAUAUACAACAUAUUAUCAGUUCCUUCAGCUUAUCAAGCAAUUAUAAUAAGUGUAUAGAAAUACUUGUUUUCUGAUGUAAACUUCAUUACUGAUAUUUUGUCACAAAUAUUACUAGUUAAGCUCUUGUUUAGAUAAG